CCCAGCCUCUACUUCCGAGACUUGUUCAGUGGGAACAGCAAAAAUGCCUUUGAGCUGCCGGGUACCGUCCCUCCUGCUUGCUUCCAGCAGAUCCUCUCCUUCUGCUACACCGGGAAGCUGACCAUGGCAGCGAGCGAGCAGCUGGUGGUGAUGUACACGGCGGGCUUCCUGCAGAUCCAGCACAUCGUGGAGAAAGGGACGGACUUGAUGUUCAAGGUCAGCUCUCCUCACUGUGACUCCCAGACCACCAUGAUCGAAGACCCCAGCUCGGAGCCGCAGAGUCCUUGCAACCAGCUGCAGGCAGCCUCAGCGCCCUACGUCAUGUCCCCCUCCAUGCCCAUCCCGCUCCUCACACGCGUCAAACACGAGAACCUUGAGCUGCAGGCAGCUGCCCUGCCCGGCCUGCCCGGCAAGCGGCCCCUCGAGCCCGGCACCCGGGAGGGGACAG